CAAGUUUCUCUAUUUAACCCACCUCCCACCCAAUUGUGAAUUUCGCUACGUCCAGCUGAAACGCAUAUCCCCAUCAUGCGUCCUGUCUUUGCCAUUGCCGCCUUCGCUGCGGUUGCUACUGCCGCAGCCGCGGACACCGUCCCCCCUGAGCUGGCUACCAUUGGGGAGCCGUCAACAGUACUGAAUGCCACCUACUCCGUGGGGUCGGCUGCAGUCAGCUUCACCCCUGGCGAGUUUCUUAACACGACCGUCGCCAAAAGCGCGCCGGAGCCGCAUCUCCACGACUUGGGGCUGAGCAGCUCGGGACCCUACCUGCUGCUGAUGGUCGACCCGGACUGGAACAAAACCACUCCCCCAUCGGUGAUCGUGCAUACCGUUGUGGCCAACCUGACCACCGCCGUGAACAGCACCAGCGACGCGAACGUGUUGGCCUCCUACAUUGCCCCCCAGCCCAAGUCCGGCACGCACAACUACACCCUGUUCCUGUUCGACCAGCCCGCCAACUUCAGCGUCCCCAGCCGCUACGAGUCCUUCAUGCAGACCACUGCUGAGACUCCCCUGAACCGACUGAACCUGCCGCUGGAGAGCUUCCUCAAUCAGACCGGACUGGGCAAGCCGGUCGCGGCCAACUACUUCCGCGUCACAGCGGCGAGCAACGACACCAGCUCCAGCUCGGGCGGAUCCGGCUCCAGCACGAGCACGAGCACAGGCACGAGCACCGGCGCCGCCGCUAGCGAGACGUCGAGUGGGGCGGGCCACAGGAUGGCAGCGGGCAGUUAUCUGGCCGGCGCAUUGGCCCUGGUCGGUGCGGCGGUGGUCUCCGUCUGAUCUAUACAGUAGACCACAGAAAGCGCUGCUCAAAUACAAUGAUGGCAGGGGGGAAGUAGAGAGCAAACUGGCACCUCGCGUACUUUGUAUAUACUCAGCAUUGUACUAAUAAUUACAACGCCCGGAAGAACGGCACACGCGUGCGGCCCAAACUCGACUCUACUCCAGCACUUAAUGUAAGCUGCAUGCACU